GCGACGAAGAAGGGAGGCGGCGAUGGUGGAAGAAUAGAUUUCCGCUCCCACGCUCUCUCCGAGAUGGAGAUGCCGCAGUAGUAGUGGUAGUCCACGCGAUCACGUGUGCGCCUCUUCAUCUCUGUUGCUGUUGCUGCAACCUAUCGCACGUUUUUAUUAUUAUUAUUAAGGAGAAGUAGAAGUUUGCACUCCUGAUUUUUCUAUAACUAGCUUGUGUUGCGCUCGGGGUGUCAUCGGCGGUUUGUUGCGCGGCGACGAAGGGUGUCCGUUCGUUGCUGGUUGAAUUUGACUGAUAGGUAGAAGUGAGAGCGGAGGAAGAGGAAGAGGAAUCGGAGGAGGAGGAAUUCGUUAGGAAAGGGUUGCAGAUCGCGUACCACGCGCGACGCGAUGACGCGCAGGCCGAAGAAGCGGUUCCUGGCAGUACCGCGUUCGGAAGAGGAUAUUGAGUUGCUUGAAGAGGGAGAGGAGGGGGAGGAGGAGUUGGAAGGCGAAGAAGAGGAGGAGUUCGUGAAGACGCCUGACGCGGUUGCUUUGCGUUACGAACCUCUCCCCUCUCCCGCCCCGGAACAGUGCAAUGGAGCGGAGCAACUUCCCAUCCGCGUCUACGCUGAUGGUAUUUAUGAUCUCUUCCAUUUUGGCCAUGCUCGCGCUCUCGAGCAGGCCAAGAAGCUGUUCCCCAAUACAUACCUUCUGGUAGGAUGUUGCAGCGAUGCCCUCACACACAAAUACAAGGGUAAAACUGUUAUGUAUGAAGCAGAGCGAUAUGAAUCUCUACGCCAUUGCAAGUGGGUGGAUGAAGUGAUACCUGAUGCACCGUGGGUGAUUACUCAGGAGUUUCUCGACAAGCAUCGCAUAGAUUAUGUUGCCCAUGAUGCCCUCCCGUAUGCCGAUGCAACUGGAUCUGGCAAAGAUGUGUAUGAAUUCGUUAAGAAGGCUGGCAGAUUUAGAGAAACAAACAGAACAGAUGGAGUUUCAACAUCAGAUCUGAUCAUGCGCAUCAUCAAAGAUUACAACGAAUAUGUGAUGCGUAAUUUGGCACGUGGUUACACUCGUAAGGAGCUUGGUGUCAGCUAUGUAAAGGAGAAGCAGCUUAGAGUGAAUAUGGGCAUAAGCAAAUUGAAGCAGAAAGUUAAGGAACAGCAAGACCGUGUUGGGCGAAAGCUGGACAUAGUUGCAAGAAGAGCGGGUCUUCAGCAGUGUGCGUGGGUUGAGAACGCGGAUCGAUGGGUUAGUGGUUUUUUGGAAAAGUUCGAGGAAAGUUGUCAUUUCAUGGAAAAGGCAAUUAAAACGCAACUUCAGAAGGGACUCCUGAGGCCACAACUUAAGAGACAGCGGCCCAACAAGCUCUUGGCAAAUAGGGAGUCAAGUGUUCUUAUCACCAAGAAACCUGCAUCUGCAAUGACCUGACUUGGGUCUUCUCAAUUUUCGUGGGGAUGUCUAUUAUAAAUGUACUUAUAGUCCACGCAUGUACCUGCCGAGUCAUCUCUGACACAGGCUCUUUGAUUGGAGGUGCCUUUGUUUAUUGUCGUGAAGGAAGUGAUCAUCCGUGAUCUUUGAUUUGGUGAUUCUAUGACACUAGUGUUCUUUCAGUUGCAAGCCCAUUUUUCUGCGCUGUCGGAUACCUCCCGCAUCCUUAAGCCGGCAGUACCUUCUCUUUGCUAUUUGCGUUGUAUUCUCAGAACCUGAGUCAAGAAGUGGAAAAUAUUUCUGCGUCAACAAGGGAGUUUCACCACGCAGACUCAGGAAAUCUGCGGGAAGUCGAGGGGAUCAAAAUCAAUCGCUGUCUCAGGUGCCUCACACUUUCACACGACAGUUGUAAAAUCAUUGACGAGAUAUCCAUUCAGAAUCAUCUUAGAUUCCAGUGGCCGCCGUCCUCCAGCUUCCGUUCUCAAGUGACAGGAAGGACGUGCGUUACCAUGGACACAACACAGUCCCAGGCCCCCAACGGAUGCGGAGCCUUUCAGUGCAAGCAACAGAUGUGGCAGAGAGUUCACGAUCGAGGAAUGGUAACGAGGCUGAGCACAUUGAUUGCUUGCCAAGCGAAGAAUUCAAUAAGAACGACGUGGACUGGACGCCAGCACUCUUUAGGAAGAGAUGUGAUACAAAAGAAAGGCACCUGGAGAACGAGUGGCAGCAGUUCGAGUAAAGUUUCCAACCGCGGAAGCAGACUGUGAUGAGAUAUUAACCCCCCUCCCCGCACCCACAAGUGAUGGUGCGGCACAGGCACGAGAUUCUUGCAACAGGAAUCCGGUACUUGUUCUUCUAACGGCAUCCCUCGUUUUGUUUCGAGUUCUGAAACCUCGUCUCAGAACUCUUCCAUCAAAGGGUCCGUGACCGUGUAACGUCCUGUCCUGGCCCAACCUUCGAUUAUUUCUGUUACUUCGAUACAGGACAGGACGCACGACCGGCGGCGAUUCCAUUCCGCGUCGAGCUCCAGAGUUCCACCAUGGAGAGGUAGUUCCGCUGCCUGUAUAUGAAGAGUGCUACAGAAACAGCAGUUUGUCGCUGAUGUUCAGAACUACUUGCGGUUUGCGUGCUGCUGCAGAAACGCGGAGCAGCGAGCACUGGUUGGGUAGCAGUUGUGAAAGUUGCUAGAAAGUCCCGACCGAUUUCACCGUGUUCUUUGCUGUGGGCCUACUUUCAUAGUUAGCUCACAGUCGUGGAGGAUCUCGUCUUCACGAGCAAUGGAAGCAUGUGUUUUACA